AUGACCGAUAAACUUCCCCCAAAUCUCCUUGCGCUUUUCGCGCCUCGACCCCCUUUGCGAUGGGUUCCGCCUUCAGACCACGCUCCUGAAAAUCGCAGAACUGCUGCUGUCACUGGUCUUGCUGCGUAUCUUCCAGCCCUGGCAGAAUACAAGGAGACCGAUGAAUAUACGCCUACUGAGAGCUGGCUUCAAAGAAAAGAUCGCGUUAAGCAGGAGAAAAAGGCCGCACACGAAAAUAUUAUUCAGGAAGCCCCAAAAACAUUCAAACCACAAGAGGAUCCAAAUAUUCGAGGCGAUGCUUUCAAAACCCUUAUUGUUAGCCGACUAGAUUAUGAGGCCACCGAAAAGGACUUGGAGCGCGAGUUUGGCCGAUUCGGACCUAUCGAAAGAAUUCGCAUAGUUACUGAUACCCAUCAAAAUGAAAAGCCUGGAAAGAAGGUCAAGAAGCACCGCGGUUACGCAUUCGUAGUUUUCGAGCGAGAGAAGGACAUGAGAGCUGGUUUAGAAAACUGUGACGGUAUCAGAAUCAAAGAUCGUCGAAUCAAGGUAGACGUUGAGAGAGGUCGAACCGUGAAAGGAUGGGUACCUCGCCGUCUCGGAGGUGGACUUGGAGGUCGCGGAUACACUAAGGCUGCUGUUCCACGACCAAUGGGUCCUGGUGGGUUCAAUGCCCCCCCUGGAGGUCCUGGCGGUUUUAGAGGUGGUUUCCGAGGCGGUUUCGAUGGCGGUAGAGGCCGUGGUGGCUUCAGAGGAGGUUUCGACCGAGGCGGAUUUGGUGGCGGCGGUGGUGGACGAGGAGGAGUUGGUUUCCAAGGUCGCGGAGGUUUCGGUGAUAGAGGUGAUCGUGGUGGGUUUGGAGGCUCUAACGGAUACGCUCCUCCCAAUGCACCAGCUGGUCCAGGGGGUAGUGGUCGUGGAGGUUUUGGUGGUGGCGGCGGAUUUGGUGGAAGAGGAGGUGGAGGCUUCGGCGCCGGCGCAGGAUCACCAGAUCGAAAUGGCCCUGGAGGACCAGGUGGUGGGUAUGACUCUCGUGGAGGCCGCUCAUUUGAUGACAGAUCCGGCGGAUACCGUGGCAACAGCAAUCGUGGCUAUGGUGAUCGCGACGGAGGUCCUCCUCGCGGAGGUAGUGGCAGCAAUAUGGAGCCGGUAAGACCCCGAGAUGCUAGCGGAUAUCGUGAUAGAGACGGACCUAGAGACGGCCCUAGAGACGGUCAUAGAGACGGUCCUAGAGACGGCCCUAGAGAUGGAGGAUAUGGCGGUCGACCACGCGAAGACGACUCACGAAAGAGACCCCAUGACAGCAAUGGCUAUGAGGAGGAUCCUCGCAAACUACGAAGGUAUUAG